AUGUGCUUUCUUCAAUAUAUUUUGUUUUUAUCACCACUCGCAACAAUCUCGAUUAGUUGGCCUGACGGUGCUCCUUGUAUUCACUCUGCUUUUGAAUCUAUGAAUCCACUAGAAGCAGUAGAACAUCAAGGUGGACUGCAGCUCUCUGAUCCACCUUAUAAAAUUGACGUAAAAGAAAAAUGUUAUUGGAUGAAUCAGCCUAUUGAGUUCAGUCUGAAAGGAAAUACAAGUAUUGACCGUUUUCGUGGUUUUGCGAUUCAACCAAUUUCUUAUAAAGGACCGCGUCGUGGAAGAAGAGUUGGAAAGUUCAUUCGAUUGGAUGACAACGGAUCUUGGCAGCAUCAGUGCUUCCGUUUCAAGGAUUCUGUAACUCACUCGCAUGACGAAAAGAAAAAAAAUAUUAAAUUAUGGUGGAAAAAUGAAAUAAAUGACGAUGACUACGUACAGUUUGUGGCGACAGUAGUCAAAGCUCAAAAAGAAUUUUGGGUAAAAUCAGUAAAAUCAGUACCGAUCCCGCCAUGUCGUUUAGAAAGAAACGGUAUGCAAGGCUAUAUUCCAGAUUCAAUCACGCCACCACCUCCGGUUCGUCUUUUUGCAGGAAAACUUGAUAUUUAA